UCCCAUAGGCACCCCGCAGGCCGAGCAGCCCCGAGAUGGCGCUGGAGUGCGCGGGGCUGGAGUGGGCUGGAUGAGAGGAUGGCAGGCCUCGGCCCCUGGAGCCUGCAGCCGAGUCGACCCUGCCUGGGCUGAGGUGAUGGGAGAGGCAGCUCUGACAGACGUGGUCUCUCUGCGUCCUCUUCAGCGCUGCCCCUUGACACCCAGGACCCCUUGCCCUGUCCUUGUCCCAGUGCCUUCCCUGCCCAGGCAGCUCCUGGUGACGCACCUUCCAAUGGGUAUGUCCCAUGCGCUGCAGCUCUUCAGGCAGCACUGCCUCACAAACGCAGCAGUGUGGCCGCCCUGUCCUCUCUUGGCACCUUUGGGUACCACACAGCGGGACGUGGGUCAGGCUGACCAGCAGCAUCUGGGCUGGCUGUCGUGGAGCAGGAGGGAGGCCCUGGCACCGCACAACCCUGUGGGCAGCGCGAGGCAGGGCCGGGAGCUGGAGUCUCACCCUCCGUGUGUGAGAUGUGGCAAGCAGUUAAACACAUCUCUUCAUCAAAAUGGCUCCCUGUUAUUAUAUGCUGCUGCUGUGUCCUGUGCUGUGGCUGGGAUCCCUGGUUAGGCAGGAUUCCAUUGUUUAAGGGCAAGCAGAACAAAAUGUCUCUCCUUGUCCUGAAGGAGUCUGCAAUCAUCAAUAUGAUUUGCCUAGUUUUUAAAGUUAGGGAUGUGCCUAAGAGUCUCUGGCAGAGAAGUUGAGGCUCAUAUGGGAGGGACUUUUCCCAAGGCUGAUUUGCAUGUCUGGUAAAGCUUGGAUGAAAGCCUGGGAGUCCUCGCUCUCUUUGCCAGGCUUUGAUGCCCAGACUCCUUGCCUUUAAUCUUUGCCAUCUAUGCAGACAAUAUCAGAGCUAUCAAAUAAUUCUACCACAAUGUGAGCCUUUAAAAAAAAAGUCUGCUAGGAAAAGUACAUGUCAAUGUACUUGGAUAAAAGUUAAAAACUGGAUUAAGCCAAAUGUGUUGUUAUGAUUCUUGCUUACCAGGUUAAGCAGAUACACAGACUUUGGGCUGGGAAAACAUUUCAUAUUGGUACAGUGAAACCAUCUCAGGACAUAUCAGUCUUCCCAUACAGCGGGGUUUGUGGAGGCUGCUUUUAAAGGUAGGGCUUGAAUCGUUCCACCAAUGGAUACCUGGUGUUUUCAAGGCCUCGAGACAUUGCUGGAGAUGGGCUGGGCUUUUUUGCUUUCUAUUUCUCGGUUUAUUGGGAAAGAGCUCAGUCUGUUAAAUAUUUAAUAUUUGCCAAGCUGGGAUGCUCAAAUGCUGGAAGCAUCUGAAGAAUCCAGCCCAGUCCCUCACACUUCUCAUUCCCUGAGCGUACCACUGAUGGACGUGUUGAUCUUUUGCUUCCUCACUAGGUAAAGGACAAACGAUCUCUCUGUUUGUGGUGUGGGAGGAGGCUGUGUGUUAUCUGGUAUGAUUCACUCCGAUAAAUAACCUCCUCGGAGGACUUCUCUUGUUUAUAGCAACAGCCCCAAAUGCUAAAGUUUAGAGAUUUUAAUCCUUGCUGUUCUCACACAUAUUUACUUGGCAGUUUUAUCAGAAACAUCUCUUGAAAACCUCAGUGUUUUUAUAAUUAAUUGAAUAAUGUGACUGAUGUUAAAAAUAAACGGAUUUGGAAAAAUGCCCAGUGAGCUGCUGAACAGUGUGUAAUAUAGCAACCGUAGCUGGAUUCUCAGGGGUAUGUAUAUUUUCCUAACAAACGCAGUCUCAUGACUUAGAGAUUAAAUCUUUAUUAGUUCGAAAUUCACCCUGUUGAUUUUUCUGUGUUUAUGCUGCAUAAUUGUUUCUGGACAAAUUCACAUUUUUUAAAGGGACAGUGCUCCUCCAAACGUGUGCCUCUGCUGAUCUCAGAGUGGGCGAGUUAGUCUGAUCCCCACAGAGGCACCACAGAGGGGAUGUGGGUGCAGGGUAUCUCUGUCCAUCCACUAUCCCACUGGCUUUAUAUUAUUUUCCAAUCCAGAUCCAAUCCACUCACUAAGGGCCAUGUGUGCGAACAGGGUGCUCUGAUACAUACUGAUUCUGCUUACCCCAGAAUCGGAUGCCGUUGAUUUCUCUCCUACGACCUCGGCCUCGCCAUGCCCACCUCACCUCUGCUGUGUGAACCUCAGCCACGUCCCUGCCCCAUGUUCUCCCUGACCUAAGCCUUUCCUGAUGCCUCUCCCCAUUGCUGCCACCACUUCCUCAACUUUUGCUGGCUCAGGGCAUUGUCCUAUCAGUCUGGGAUAAUUUAUCAGUUUGGGCUCUGCAGUUAAGUCUGGGCCUCACCUCUGCUAUCACUGGAGGUGUGUCUCCGGCCAGGGCUGGGAUCUCUAUGCUCUGCUCGCCUUGGCACUGCGGGUGAGCAGGAACAGAGAUGGCUUUUCUUGCCUCCUGCCUCCCCACUUUGAGAGCUGAGGUACAGCAGCAGGGGAGAAACAAGGCAAGAUAAAUUCAGAAGGGACAAAACUCAGCAAGGUGAAGCGAGGUAGAUUCUAUAAUGCGUUUGGUGAGCCAUCAAAUCCUAUCUCUUAUCCCAGGGGAAUCCCAGAUGCAUGAGCAAAUCAUCAAGCCCUGUAAAUUACAUUAUCAGCAUCUUCCUCUGGAAAACAUCAUCACGCUGAUCCAUUUGUCCUAGCAGCCAAAUGAUUAAAGUUUGAAAACUAAAUUAUACACGUUGCUGCAACAGCAUAAACACAAUAAUGGCUCUACUCUGUUACACCUGUAACCUCUGUUAUAAUAGCUUUAAUGAGCUUUCAGCCUUGUCAUCCAAAAAGAAAAGAUUGUCACACGAUGCUUUAUGCUAUAGAGGUAUUCUGCAUGCUGCUGGUGGCCAAGCACCUGCAAUGCACACGCUCUGAGAAGCUGUACAGGAGCUGCGAGCCGGGCAGCCGCGGUGGGUGGGUGCCUUCUGCAGAGCUGGGGGGCAGACCCAGGCUGGGGAGCUCCCGAAAUGGGGCAGGGGGUGCAGGCCCCUGGGGCAGGACACCACAGCAGUGUGAGCCCCGUCUGUAGCAUGCAGGUUGCUGGAAACCCUGUGAGGGGAAUGGGUACCUAUCCCCAUUACAUAGGAUUAUCCUAUGGUGUGGAGUUAUUCCAAGCUUAUGUCUUCUCAGCUUAAUUUAAUAACAGGCUGCAAGCUCUACUUUGGUCUGCUUGUGUAUUUCACUAGUUCCAUAUUUAACUGAACUCAUCAUCAUAAAGGCCAGGAACUGUUUCACUUUCUGUGCCAGGCUGGGUUUCCUGUUGGACAUGGGAAGGACACACCUGCACGGUGGGUUUCUGGCCUGCCAGGACAGGGGAUCCUGUUAUUGGCAGAGACAAAGGGAACACAGGAAUCUGGAGUUGGUGGAUUCCUUUCCCCAAACAUGUGGCCAGACCAGAAAAUCCAGCUGCCUGGCUUUUUUUGUUUACUGGUUUCCAUGUCUGUUCCAGUUUGCCCUGGGAAUGCGCAGCAGGACUCUCUGCUUCCUUCGGGGAGGCCUAUUGGUGGAACUAGAGCUGGUUUGCCUCUUCCAAAAUCUGCAGACUGGAACCCGCUUUCCCUCGAGGCUUGUUGUGUUUAUUAAGCGUUAUCCUGUGUAUCCCAGGUGUCACCUUCAGCGCUGUGCCGGACAAGACACUUGCUGGCCAUGGACUCUCCCACUGGUUCCGUGCUUCUGGCUACAGCCCCGCAAAUGCUGCUGUUACCCCAAAUGCAGCAGAAACAACUUACCUGCUGGCAAUAACCUCUCAGAUGGCAACAGGAAAAAACCCACAAAAAACCCAGAAGAAUGCUUUGCCAAAACAGGCUUGACAAACUUUAAAAACAAGCUGGAGGAGGUAAAGGUAAUUUGGCAGGUACGAAGGAUGCCGCCCGCUGCCCGGCUGCUCACCUUCACCUCCGAGGUACAGAACAUCCCUGCACAGCUCUUUCCUGCUCCGGAUGCUGAAUACAAAUCUCUAGUUUGAUGACCUCGUCAUGAGCAACCACCAAGCCCCUCAUCACAGUGCUCACCCUACAUUUAACAUGUUGCUACAUCUUUUUAAUGAGACAAAAAUGUGUACAUGGAACUUGCACCCAAAUGCUGCUUGCUUGACUAAGCUCUAUAUUUAUCCUGAAAAGACAAGAAAAAUGGGUGGUUCUAAGGGCAACAUGUUUACUCCUAUGAAACUAACACAGCUUAAGUGCUUAGUCACUGAAAAAAUGUACACUGCAAUUUAAUGCCAAAGGCUGGUACUUCAUCCAUCAUUUUAGGCUAUUGUGGCAUCUUCUGAGCAGUUGGGAGAUUAGUAUACUUCAGUAAUCUGUCAUACACAAUGAAAUAACUAGUGCUCCAAGGUGAGGCUGUAAAAGCUGCUAUUUGAAAAAGACCAUAAUUAUGUAAAUACGAGGCCACAAAGUUCAUGAACAAGAGAAAAAGCUACCAUGACACGUGGCUGUUCACAGCUUGCUUUGGCCCUUUCUCAGUGAGGAUUCU